CCUUGGUUGACUUUUUUUCUUUUUCUUUAAUUUUUGGUCCCAAUUAUCCAAUUUUUUUCUAAUUCAUUUUUUCUUUCUCUCUCCCAGACCGUCUUUUGUUUGUUGGGAAUGGCGGAGACACAUACAAACAGCAGACAGACCAUCAGGCCGUAUGUAUGAGCUGGCAUUUCUUCUGGCCUCACAGCUUCAGUUAUGUCCAUCUUCUGAAUGGUCAGAGGUCUUUAUCUGUCGACUUCGGCCUUUUUUCUUUUUCCCCCCUUUAGCCUCUCUCGUUAUCUUCACAUCUUCCAGGGCUACCCUUUUUCAACCUGUUGACUUCCGUCUCCCUGUCAUGGCUUGUACCCAUUAGAAACUUAUAUUAUCUAUAAUAUUUCCUUCUUUCGUGAACCGUCCCCUCAGAUGCAAAUCUAACCAGUCUAGAUUGUGCCGUCUGUGAUUGAUAUUAGUUUGCUUGCUUGCAAGACAACAUGGAUCGUCUCUUGGUGUCUCAGGACCAAUGCGUCGACUUAACUCCUUCACCUCAGGAAACUACGCUACAAUACGCUCUAAAACGAACAGAGACGUCUACAUCCUCACACGCUGUUAUCAAUGGCGUACCUUUGGGUGAUCUUCGCCACCACUACCCCUGUCCAGCGGUUGAACACUGGGUGAGUUCCGGGCCCAGCAGUCCAACAUCGAUGAUGCCUUGUCAAAACCCAUGGACCAUGGAAACUUCAGCCUUCACGCUACCAUCAUCUCACUCGUCUACACCGUCAAUGCCUGAUGGUCUUCCACGUUUCUUUCUUUCCUGCGACAGCGACUGGCUACCAUCAUCCAUGACGUCGGAUCCGACCUCAGGGCAACUAAGGCCGGGGCCAUCUCGUACCAAUGAUAGCAGGACAUCCUCUGAGUGGAUGCGGGAGCCAGACAAUGAUGUUUCCUAUGCUUUAAAGCCUGAUCGCUACGCAGCAACAUCUGAAGCUUUUGGGCCGCAUCAACGCCCGUCUGGCAUUCUUACAGCAACCUGUCCCACUGCAGCUCUAACGCCACCGUCACCAGCUUUCUCGGCUUCGUCGCACCAAAUGAGCUCUCCUGUAAUCAAAUCCGAACUUGGCCGCGCUGAUACGCGAGCAACAACAACUAACGCAGAAGAGGAGGCGGGCGUAGACCCGCCCUACUCCACACUUAUUUACCAAGCUCUCCGAGACGCACCCGGUAAGAAAUUGUCUCUUCAGGCGAUUUACGGCUGGUUCGAAGAGAACACCACAAAAGGAAAAGAUCGCAGUUCCAAAGGGUGGCAAAACAGCAUUCGACACAACUUAUCCAUGAACGCGGGUUUCGAAGCUGUUCGAGUGGAGAAAGCACCGGGCAAGAAAUCCCUGAAUUACUGGCGUCUGACAGAUGAGGCAAUAACUCAUGGUAUUCAGUCUACAACCCGGUAUAGAAAGCAGGCGAAUUAUAAAAAAACAGUGGGCUCAGACCCACCAGCUCCUCAACGCCAACGAUCCGGAGCGAAGGGAGGGAAAGCUACGAAAAUCACAGCUAAAUUCCGCGGACUUAUGAACCAGGAUGAACUACGGAAGGAACGGUACCAUCAGCGACUGGUGUCGCAGCGGCGACCUCACAAAAUCCUUCAUAGUCAACACCACCCGUCACCUGUGAAGGCGGCGGUCGUCUCGCGAUUUCGUGCAUCAGGCCCAGCAACACCACUGACUCGCACGUCAGCCGAACCCUUUGAUUUGGGUAGUAUUGUUGGUAACGCUGACCCUCCUUCAUGCACCGCGAUUUUCUGUAACAUGGCAGGACCGGGGUCGGACUAUUUAGCGAUGGAGACGGGAUUUCUAGGCUGGAAUAGUCUCCCGCCAUUUCCCCGUGGCUUGUUGGCAAGUCCUGAUAUCUCAGCAGAAGUUCAGCUUGCCGUAUAGGGGGAAGUGCCCAAAUGGCCGCGCUGACUUGCAUAUCUAACACACUGUAGCUACUAAUAGCCUCGUGUUUGGUCCUUCUUGAUGCAUCUUAAUUUGCUGUACUUCUCGGUUAUCUUUUUUCCCCCUUCAGACUCCUUCCUAUUUGAGUAAUAUACUUUGUCUAAUUCUUUUUGCAAGUUUCUUAACUAGAGUAUCAAAGGCGUGGCACUCUUGUAUUGGAUUGUGGUUUCUAUCUUGCUUUCACGUCUCUCACUCCAUCUUCAUCCUUUGUCUCUUUUUUUUAUCAUUGCUUUUCCUUUUCGUCUUUCC